CACUACCUCACUGUGCGGGAAGUGGGAAGAAAGAGCCUCUCCGGGGUUUGUAAAGAAACGCGAACGCCUCAUUUCGCGCUCUCUUUUGAGAUUUCACGCAUUAAUCCAUACUCUGCUCUGUUCGUCUUCUUUCUCUCGCGACUGUCACAGAGUUCGCGAGAGAGUGAAAGCGAACUUCAUUAUCCGGGAGGAGUUACCUGAUAUUGAUACCUCUAUCUCAAUCCUUCUUCUUGAUUAACUUCGUUUCUUCCAACGGUGAGGUCUUCAUUUUAAUCAGUCGCCUGCAGAGGAAGUUCUCCAUAUGAAAGAAUGAAUACAGGAAAGAAGGCUCUAAAGUUCAAACCUGAACCUGCCGCUCGAUAUAAUGCUCACGCAUCGUGUAGAAAUUUGGGCAAGUGUCACCUUGGAGGCGUAAUAUUUGGAUGCACGAAGAGCACCAUAAAGGAAUGUCUUUCCAAACAGAUGUUUGGCUUGCCUUCUCAACACUUUUCAUAUGUGAUGAACAUUGAUCCUGGUUUGCCUUUGUUUCUAUUCAACUAUAGCGACCGAAAAUUGCAUGGCAUCUUUGAGGCCGCUAGUUCAGGUCAGAUGAAUAUCAACACAUAUGGGUGGACUGCUGAUGGCGCAGAGAGAACACCUUAUCCAGCUCAGGUUCAAAUUAUUGUUCGGAGGCUGUGCCAACCUUUGUUAGAAAAUCAAUUCAAACCUAUAAUUAUCGACAACUACUAUGGACCCAAUCGUUUCUGGUUUGAGCUCGACCAUGCUCAGACAAAUAAGUUGAUUUCCUUAUUAGCAUCUCAAGCAAUUGCUCCCAGUGUACGACCAUCUACAACGAACCGCAGACCUUUCUGUACAGUCCUCCCCUCCUUGGAAACGAGGGAUGGAAGUGAAAAGAUUAAACCACAAAUUAUGGACGUGCAAUGUGACCUGGCAAGUCAAGAAGCGGACACUAUAGAUGUUACUUCCUCAUUAGAUGCAGGAAAUAGCGCAUUUGGAGCUCACUGUGAUGCAAAUGAGGUCAAUGAAGAGGAGAGCCUACUAUUGCAUAAACUAGAACAAUUGGCUAGAAAUCUUCACGCAAGUCCAAUGUUGCCUUUAACAAGUGAUACAGAUCAUACUGCCUUAAAUAAGGACGAAAAUUUGGAGAAUAAUGAUCGUUCUGUUGAACCAAUUAAGUCCAAAGAGAGCAGCGUGGAGGACUUUGACUCUUCGACCGAAUUGCCGCCUCUAAUUGCCGAGUUGGUUCAAGAGAUACAAGAGCUAAGGGAAUCUAAAGCAGAACAAACUGAGAAAAUAGUUUUCUUGGAGGAAAAGCUGUUGAUUGCAGAAGGUGAAAUCUUGGAGUUGAAGAGUCUUUUGACGUUGCCAAACUCAAAUGCACUAGAGGCAAAGAGGGUCGUGGAGGAGGAACAAAUUGAAAACUCAUGUUUGGAUCCUCGUGAAUCCAUUUUUCUUAUUGGAGGAUAUGAUGGUGCAUCACACUUGUCGACUUUGGAACUAUAUGAUCCUUCCAGGGAUAUGAUUAAAUCUCUCAGGGCAAUGAGAUCUGUUCGUGGAUAUGCUUCUGUUGCUUGGUUGAAUAGUCAGCUUUAUGUUUUGGGUGGUGGUAAUGGUUGUGUCUGGUAUAACACUGUUGAAUCCUAUAACCUAGAGACCGAUCAGUGGACCUUGUCCCCUUCCUUAAAUUUAGCCAAGGGAAGCCUCGGAGGAGUUAGCAUUGGCAACAAAUUAUUUGCCAUUGGUGGCGGAAAUGGUAUUGAGUCCUUGUCGGAGGUUGAAAUGCUUGACUUAGAUCUUGGGCGAUGGAUUUUUACAAGGUCAAUGCGACAAAGGCGAUUUGCUGUUGGUGCAGUGGAGCUCAAUGGCAUACUUUAUGCAACAGGGGGAUUUGAUGGUAGUGACUAUUUGAAAUCUGCUGAAAGAUUUGACAUCCGAGAGCAUUCAUGGACUCAAAUUGCAAGUAUGAAUGAAAAGCGAGGAUGUCAUUCAUUGGUGACUUUGAACGAGAAACUUUACGCUCUUGGGGGAUUCGAUGGACGUUCAAUGGUUUCGAGUGUUGAAGUUUAUGACCCACGCAUGGAAUCAUGGAUCUUUGAGGAACCCAUGGAAAGGACGCGAGGAUAUGCAGCAGCUGGAGUUAUCAACGAAUCUAUAUACGUAAUUGGAGGUUUAUUUGUUGAUCACAAAAUUCUAGACACGGUUGAGACUUAUAAAGAAGGGUACGGAUGGCAGGAAAAGACAUCGAAGGUUCUAAAGAAAAGGUGUUUCCAAUCGGCUAUCGUUCUUUGAGCGUGAGAUGCUCAUCUGCACGUGCAGUUGCAAGUAUGCAUAAAAUGGUGUUUUGAUCCAUACGUCGCUCAAACCCCAAAGCACGAGAGAUCCUUCCAAAGCAAAGCAAUGUAGGUGCAAGAAAAUAUUUUUGGUGGACUCCAAUGACUACGAUUGUCCAAAACGGGAGAUGAAAUAGCCACAACUACGCAUGAAAUCACCUUCGCGAUAUCAAAGCCAAGUUUCCCUUCAGAUGCAAAGGGCAAAGUACGUGAGUUUUUUUUUUUUUUUUUUUCUUUUUGUUAGAAAAAAUGAAAUAUUCAGAGAUAUUCAAAGGUGCAAAAGGGGUAAAAUUUGUAAGAAGGAUGGGAAAACUAUGACUAUGUAUAGUGGGUGGGUGGGUGGGUAUAGUUAGCUUUGUAGUUUCUACUAGUAUACAUAUACAUAAAACAUUGAAAUACAAAAUUGCUUAUGCCACACGGGAUUAAGCAAUAAGACACAGCGCACUCCUGAUGAGUCAAUAUAUAGCCCAAAUGCAAAUAGCUUUUUACUAAAA